CAGGUGAGCGCAGGCGCAGACGCAUCUGUCGAGCGCCGAGCUAUUGAUCGGGAACGCCCCGCCCCUGGCUCCAUCUUCGGGACCUGCGAGCCCGCCCAGGUCUCUGCCUUGCUGACUGAACCUGUAGGAUGUUUCACGGGAUCCCAGCCACUCCAGGCAUGGGAGCCCCAAGUAACAAGCCAGAACUAUAUGAGGAAGUGAAGCUAUACAAGAAUGCCCGGGAACGGGAGAAGUAUGACAAUAUGGCAGAGCUGUUCGCUGUUGUGAAGACCAUGCAGGCCCUGGAGAAGGCGUACAUCAAGGACUGUGUCACCCCCAAUGAGUACACCGCAGCCUGCUCCCGGCUCCUUGUCCAGUAUAAAGCAGCCUUUCGACAGGUUCAGGGCUCAGAGAUCAGCUCCAUUGAUGAAUUCUGCCGCAAGUUCCGACUGGACUGCCCACUCGCCAUGGAGAGGAUCAAGGAGGACCGACCCAUCACCAUCAAGGACGACAAGGGCAACCUUAACCGCUGCAUCGCUGAUGUGGUCUCGCUUUUCAUCACGGUGAUGGACAAACUGCGCCUGGAAAUUCGCGCAAUGGACGAGAUCCAACCUGACCUUCGAGAGCUGAUGGAGACCAUGCACCGUAUGAGUCACCUGCCCCCUGACUUUGAAGGCCGCCAGACAGUCAACCAGUGGCUGCAGACCCUGAGUGGCAUGUCGGCCUCUGAUGAACUGGAUGACUCCCAAGUGCGCCAGAUGCUCUUCGACCUGGAGUCAGCGUACAAUGCCUUCAACCGCUUCUUACACGCCUGAAGCCCCCAACCCCACGGUCCUGCACUGGGUGGGGUGCCCAAAGGGGGGCCGCUUAAGCCUCCCAGGAUGGUUUCUUCUCCCUGGAAUACCCGCAUGCAACUAGCUGUCUAUAACAGCCUGUCUGUGUGUCUGCCUGGUCUCAACUCCAAACCACCUCCUUGAAAUAAAGAUGGAGAUUUCUUUUUCCUUUU